AUGGAUCCACUGCCGCUGUUGGAAGAAGUCGAAAAUGACAUGAAGGUGCUAAUUGCUGAGGCAAGGAAGAAAAACGUGUGCAUAAAGGAGAAGACAGAAAUAUGUAUCAUAAAAAUUAAAAACUACAAUAGUAUAAUUGAGUCGAAUAAAAACCAAUUGUUCAGCAGCUUCGAAUUCCCCAUAGACGAAAUAAUAGAAAUUAUCAACAUAGGAAUGCAAAUCAAUAGCCACAAAAUUUCCAACAUUUGUUUAGUUAUAAUUAAGAGAGUCGUCUGUUACAUCCUCUACUUAAUAGACAACAAACACACAAUAAAAAAUUUUCGACACAUAAACAUAGAGAAGCAAAUAGAAAAAAUUACCAACAAGUUAUUCGAUUUGACAUUCCUUGAGGAUAAAAAACUUCUAAUUAAAAUUGUGCAAAUAAUAUUAGCCGCUUUCUCUUAUCAGUAUAUGGAAUAUUACGGCAAGGACAUUAUUAACACCUUGUUGAAAAUUUUGUAUUCCGUUUAUUAUUCAUCAUUAUAUGACAGGAAUACCAUUUUGUAUCAAACAUCUUGUGUUGCGUACAAGCAAUUACUCAAUUCCCUCAUUGAUUUGUGUAAUAGGGAGAAUAAAGUUGGGCCCACUCCAUGUGAUGGCUUAGCGAAUUGCAUGUGCAAUACAGAGGGGAAAGAGAAAAAUGACACACAAGAAAAACAAAACAGUGAUUACCACAACCAUGUGCAUGUUCAGGAGGAUCACUCAAAGGAAGUGAAGCACCUCUAUUUUGAAAAUUUUGAUUUGCCUUAUGAUACGGAUAGCCCGAUAGAUCUUAUCUACAUAACGGAUCUAAAAAAUCAAAGUUUCAUGAAAAACAAAAAUAAAUUACUUUCUCUAAUUCAUUACCUCUGUUAUUGUUGUUUUGUAAAUAUUAGACUAAAGUAUAACUCCGUUGGAGGUUCUUCGCCCGCUGUGUAUGGAACCACAGGGGAGGAAAAACGAAAAGAAAAAACUGUUAAUGAUGUCCCUAAUAUAAGUCAAGGGCGAAGGCACAAUUCAAAUAUAUUUCAAACGAAUCAACCGUCCACUAAGCCACAAUCCGCACGAAGCAACGAUCAAAAUAGUGUCGAUCAUCCCCAGAGAAAGGACACGAAUCGUACUCCCCAAGAAGAACCAAAUGAUGAAAAAAUAAUUACCCCUCCUAAACAAACGAAUUAUUCAAAAGACACACUACAGUCGGAUAGAAGUAUCGCCAACCCCCCUGUGGAAGAAAAGCAUAACGCACAGGAGGAAGAGGCAGAAGAAGAAGAGCAAAAAAAAAAAAAGUCUUGUAAGGAAGAAAGUGUGUACAUGUAUAGUGUGAAAAGUUCUAAUAUAAAAAAAUUUUUGAAAAUUUUAAAAAGCACAAAUGGGAAAAACCAAGCAGAUAACAAAAUGAACGAGGAUGAUAAUGAAAAUGGGCAACCAGAUUGCUGUGAGCAAAGGACAGAAAUCCUGACGACGUACAACAAGAACAAUUUAAUUUUGCCACUAAACUUUUGUCUAGAUCUAUUAUAUAUAUUUGUAAACAACUAUGAACACUUUUUAAAAAAUUUCGAUUUUUUCAAAUUAUUGAAAUUUGAAAUUGUAUACAUCAUACUAGUAUCAUUACAGUAUAACUUACACAUAGACGUUUUUUAUCGAUGCCUGAAAAUUUUUAAAAUUAUUUGUAAUAGAUAUUUUCAGUACUUCCUGGGCGAAAUAAAAUUUCUCUUCCUAAUCCUAAUUCAACAUUUGUGCUUGACGAAACCCUUUUCAAAAUUGCUCAUUGUUUUAAAUUUUUUCUUCUAUCUCUUUGAUGACACACAGACUCUCUUUCAUUUGUACAAAUAUUUCUCCCAUAGAGGGGGAUCAGUAAAGGAGGCAAGAGCAGCUGAGGAGGAACAUGUGAAGAAAGACACAGAAGUGGCCGUCGAUGCCAUAACCAGCGGUACUGAGGAAGGGAAGAAGAAAAAAAAAAAAAAAAAAAAAAAAAAAAACAAGAAAGGUUACAUUCAGGAGGCUGAGAAUCCCCCUUCGGUACAAAAAAAUGUCCUCACCGAAAAAUGGCCCAGACAAAAGCACCCCGGUGAAGUAAGCAGUAAAUCCGAUGAGGAAUGUAAGGGGGAAAAAAUGAAGGAACCGAACUUGAUCGAAAAGAACCCAAAGCAGAGUGAGGUUAUGAAAGCGAAAAGAGCAAGCGGACAGGGGAAAAACCACAGUGAUGACGACGACCUCUUAUUCAUCAAGGUCGUCGAAUAUAUUAGCAAAAUUAUUCACGAAUUGCUAUUUUUGCAUUCGAUUGACAUAACAAAAAUAUAUCCCCAUUUGAAGGCGUUUAAGUAUGAUAGGAUAUACACCGGCGAAAAGAAGGGCACAGAAGGUAAUCACAAAGAAGGGCACAAAGAAGGACACAUAGAAAAAUAUAGUGAAAACGACAGGAAAAAGCUCAAUCAGGGCGAUGGUCAAAUAAAACAAAAGAAGCAGAACCAAGCGGAAGGAAACCAUGAGAAGGAAGUCCAGGACAACUCCAACGAAAUGCUCUUCCGCAACUUUUUAAGUUACCCCCUAAUUUUACCAAACAAUUGCGAAAAUCCCAGGAAAAAUUUUUACUUAUACAAAUACUCAGCGGAGAAAAAAAUAAGUAGAACUCUGUUUGAAAAUUUAUGUUACAAAGACGCUGACGAAAUACAUCUCCUUGCGUCCACCGUUGACAGUAUUUUAUCCCUUGUAAAUUCCUUUUAUGUAAUAUUUUUAAACAUAUUGAGAAAGUCCCUAAACCAAUAUUGCUUCGCGACGAUAGAUCUAAAUGAGGAGAGUGGAUUUGCUCUAAGUGAAUCAUCACCCUGUGUCAGCAGGUACGAGAGGAAACAUGAAAAAAGGGUAGCAGUGGCACAAUUGUGCAAUGAAGAAGGAUAUGGUCUGGAAUCAGGCCCUACGGAAACCCCCCCUAGGGUGAUCACUGAAAUGAAUCCCUCUUUUGAUGAGGAACUGGAACGAAGACUCGACUGUUACAAUGAAAACACAUCCGAAGGUACGAAUAAGUGUGAAGGAAGAGGGGGAAAUAUGUAUAGCAACGCAAAUAGUUACAACAGCAUGGACGAUCGAAGCAAAAAGGAAGAAAAGAAUCCCCAUAGAAAGAAGUGUAUAAAUUCAAAUGACCAGUACCAUGAGAGCAUAUCCCUAUUUUUUAACGUAUUCAAUUCCACGUGCAGAUAUUUCAUAUCGUCUCUGUGCUUAAUCUUCUCCUACACAAACACGCUAGAUGUGUGUUUCUUCAGUGGAUUCCAGAAAAUAAUUUUUAUCAGUACUCAUUUAAAAAUAAAUAUUUGUACCAAUGCCUGUCUGCAAACCUUAACAAAAUGCAGUAGUAUUUUUACCCUAGAAAAUUCGCCCUUCUUUUUGAAGAUUCUUAGAAAUUUCGAAAAGCAAGAUAAUAGGACUGAAAACAACUCUGGUGUAAGAAAGAACAAGGGGGCCACCAAUAGCAUCAGUAACGUUCCCAUAUUCUACCCUUCUAAUGAGAGUACAAUAUCCAAUCGGGAGCGUAGGGAGCCUAGUUUGAAGGGUGACAGCAAUUUUGUCCACAUGGACAAAUCUAUCAAACGGGGUAGUAACGAUUUGGGGGAGGAUAAACGGGAGUUAAGUAAAAGCCACAAUGAAGUAGAACCCACAAAUGUGGAGGAAUAUGUGGAGGAAUAUGUGGAGGAAUAUGUGGAGGGAGAGGACAAAAUAGAAUCCAUGUUGAUCGAACAGAAGAGGGAAGAGGGUGACGACUAUUCGGAGAACGAUUUUUAUAACACCAAGAGCGGGAAAAGUGAGAGAGGCGAGGACACAAAUAUGGGUAAUGAAAAUCAACCAAACAUGCCUAUUGAAUUGUGCGGGAAUUCCCGUCCAAGUGACGAUCUUUAUAACGUUACCAGUAAGACACUUAAUGAUGGUGAAGGCGCAGGAAAAGGGAAAAGAAAUAAUAGCAUAAAAGGAAACACGGAUCACAUAAUGGCGAACAAAUCCGUUUCAAAAAAGACGAGCAUAGAAAGUGUCGAAUCCAAUUUUGUAUGCUACAAAUCAACACUGAACGAAGAUCGUAUAAAAUAUUUUGACGAGAUUAUUAGUAUUAUAUUGAAGGAAUCCUACUUCAUAAACAACGAUUUGAAUAACGUAAAAUAUAUUCUAUCGAUAAAAGCAGUCAUUAGCAUAUUCUUCAUUUAUGGAGACCAUCUCCAUUUUGACAACUGGCUAAGGAUGAUUAAUCUGCUCGUCGAAGUUAAUUACAUAUAUAAGUAUAUAUCUUCAAUAGAGAACAAAACGAUUGAGUUUUUAAAUUUUCUUCACCACAUUAACAAGAAUGAGGAAGAUUUUAUCUUCUCUUUAAGUAAGAAACUUAUCGACUCGGACAAAAAUACUUAUGUACAAAAUGUGAAUUCCAAAAGUGCCGAAUUCUGUUACUUUAUAUUGAAGUUUAUUCAGAAGAAUCCUGUACUGUGUGCAGAAAUUACUGUUAUUUUUUCCUCAUUUUCUUACUUUUUUAAGAAUACCAUAUUUUAUAAGCUUUCCACCUUAGUUAAUAUUUUGAACUCUAUACAUUUUAUGAUAUUUAAUCAGUUUUUCAAGCAGAGGAAGGUGGGGCCCAAGGGGGGGGGCCACAUACCAGGCAAGGAGAGUAAGCAAAAUGCAGGUGUACGUGUGAAUGGAAGGGGAUCUAAGCAGAUAUGCACUACAAUGUUGAACAACCAUAUGGGAGAUUCCAAAAAUGGAGCUAAUUGCCAGGAUGAAAAUGAAAGCAGUACCAGGUUAAAGGACCCCUCCAGGGAAGGAGCCUUACACUCGGGAAAAUUCCUCGGAAGGGAAAAGAACGAAGAAGACACAACUUGCAGUCAUUAUGAAUACAUAAAGUUUAACAAACUAAAUAGAAAGAAAAAUAUAAUUGAAAAAUACAUGGAAUUUUUGCACAAGAAUGAUAACAUAUUUGAUGUUUAUUAUUAUUACCUGUCCCAUUUUGAUCCCAUGUACACAACCUACUUUUCCUUCUACACGGAUAUGUUCUUUUUAUCUAAGGGGGAUGAUCAUAAAAAUGUUGUGCAUAAGGAAAUGGAGAAGAAGAAACCUGCCAAGGACGAAUGCUCAAAUUUACCAAGACAGGUAGUUGCAACUAAUGAGACAAGCAUUCCAACGGGAAUGAAUAAUAAGCCUAACGAUAAUGCGGAGAAGGAGCACACAUAUUACAUCGUAUUGAAGAAAUUAGAAAGGUUUUGCAUCUUCGAAGAUUUCUAUCCACUAUAUAUGAUAGAGACGCUGUGUGUUAUUAACCUGGAUAAGAUAAAAGAUAUUUACAACAACUGUUGCAUGAACAUAUUACUGCUCUCCCUUUGCAAGAAUAAUGACAUCCAAAAGAAAAGCAUUGACACGUUGUUCAAUAUUAUAAAAGAAUCUCUUGUACAUUAUAAACACAACUUUGAAAUUCAAUUUCUGCUCUUUAAGCCAUUUUUCUUGUUUAUAGUUAACCCGCAUGCAUGUUAUAGGUCUUAUUUUAUUAGCUCCUUCUUAAAUUGCAUCAGAAAAAAUGCUUCCUUUUUUAACAAGGAUAUGUGGCUGUUUAUUAUUUUUGUCCUCUACGUAUCAUUCCAGAAAGAGUUAAAAAAAAAGAGUUUAAUAAAUGCUAACGAGGAUGAAGAAGAUAAACAACAAAUAAUGGAAGAAAAUAUAUCCAACAUUAAUAACAUUUUUAACAUCCUGGAGAUUAUAAUUGUAGAUUAUAUUGAGGAAAUCCCUGUAUGCAAAAUUAUGGAAAUCAUCAUCCACAUGCUCAUUCUCUUUUCGUCUCUAAAUGUUUUGAGUAAUAACAUAUCCUUCAGAGCCAUCAAUUUUUCCUGGUCAAUCGUUGAUUACAUUGUAGGGCGCUCUCACUUGCUGAAGAGAAAUGGAAAGGGAAAGGAGCUUGGUACAAGGGAAGAAGGAGGAGAAGACGCCACUCGAGGGGAUCAACAGAAAACAGGCGAAAACAAACUCCUUCACAUUUGCGUUAUAGAAAAUAAGAAAAUUUACAUAUAUGAAAAGGAAAUAAAAAUGAAAAACAUAAAAAUGAAAAGUUUCUUUAUCUUCAUUUUGAAUCAACUUAUGAAGUUGUGCUUUGACGAAAGAAUAGAGGUUCGAAAUUGCAGCAUCAAAACGAUCAUUAGUAUUCUGUCCACACACAUUUGCAAAUUCGACUUUUUCUUUUACAAAACAUCUAUCUGUUUAUUACUUAAGCGCUUGACCGUUAGGUAUUACUCUAAGUUGCAGGGUUUUUUCGAGAUGGAAUGUAGGGAGGAACACUCGGGGGAUCAUCAAUCGGGUGAACUUACCAGGGUUGACCACACCGCAGACGUAAGAAGCUUCCAAUUGGAGAGCGAAAACAGUGGUGCAGGCCGCAAGAAUGAAGAACCGCCUGAGAGAAGGAUAACCUCCGUGGGGGAAAAGUUUAGGAAGAGUUUCACUAACCUCACGACAGAGAUGGAAGGACAAUUCGCAAAGAAAAAAAGAAAAAAAGGGAGGCAGGAAAUGAAGGAACACCCCUAUUUGUUAAGCGAAAUUGAAAAAGGGAUUGGUAUCCCCAGUAGUAACGGAAGCGGAAACGGGGGUCCAAGUGGAAAUACCCCUUUGGAACCAGAAAAUAAUGGAGACCUGUAUGACUAUGUAAGUGAAAACUUUAGCAAAAUUAUCAUCCACCAUUCAAGGGACAGCAAACUGAAGCAGUGGAUCGAAAGCUUUAUCCUAAUCAUAGAAGGGUGUAAUCGGAUUCUCCAGGAGCAAAGGAAGUACAGAAAAUUUUACAUUUUUUAUGGGAUCUUUGUGAACAUACUGAAGACUACACUCUUUGUGAAGUAUAAGAGUGAGAACAUGUUUGAGCUGCAUAUAUCGAUAUUACAAAUACUCAACAACAUUUUUAUGUCCAAGCUGACAUACUAUGAUGUGUGCCACUUCACAAUGAAGAAUUCGCCAACCAAUAGAAAUAGGUGUUCUGAUCAAGUAAGCAUUUUCGACAUGUGCCUUUUUUACAUUUACAAUUAUGCCUACUCCACUGAUGACCAGAAGAUUAAAGAUUUCAUUUUGAAGCUCCUUAUAGAAAAUCUCAAAAAUGUCUACUGUGAUAAAUGGAUAUAUGUGCACUCGCUGAUGUAUUUGCACAUGUUUCACUUGUUGUUUACAUCCAGCGUGGAGGUUGUGAUGAGUCCAGUGGAAGGGAAAACCUACUCCUUCUUGAAUUACCACUCCAUUUUGAAUGAGUUGUUUUUUGAUUACUUUGUUAGCGGGAGGGAGACGACCACACGUCAUGUGGGAGGUGACGUCAUUGCUGAAACGAACGAGACGGAAAAUAACCCUCCCAAGUGUGCAAGGGAGGAUGUACUCCAAGGGGAAGGAGGAGGGGUGGGAUCUCCAAAGAGGCCAUCCUUUUUAAAUAGCCACAUCACAUUUGAGUACAAAACGAAAGAAGGUACAGAUGACCCACUAAAUAUUUACAACAUACUAGAGAACAACAAAAGCAUAUAUAGUGUAGAAGCAUUUGGAGAAAGCGCAGAAUUGGGGAGUAAAGACAUAUACACCGAUUUCUUAAAUGGUCAUGUGAGUAGCAAAAUUUUUACCAUCAUGAUGGACAUUUUUCAGACGCUAGAGUAUGACAAAAUAAAUCUCCUAAUAAAUGAGGAACUGCUAAAGUGUGUAAAAUAUUUGUUACUAAGUUUGUCAGAGAAUGAAGAGAAAAAGUACAUCCUCACCAAAUUGCUACAGUUCAUUUUUGAUGAAAAAAUACUGUUUAAUGAAAAUUCGGAUGAAAUAAUUGAAAAGAUAGAACUCAAUGAUACAUAUAAUAAACUCGAUAUGGACAUAAACACCAAGGAACUGAAUGAUGAAAAUAAAGAAUGUAGUAGAUUAUUUACUUUAAAUUAUAAGAAAAUUUACCCAUUAAAUAAUUAUAUAGAAUAUCUUCAAACAUUUUCCAUAGGAUUGUUCAAUUAUUUCACUCCUUUUUUAAUUUUCUAUUUUCAUAACAAGUUCAAUUUAUAUCCCAACUAUAAUGUAAAUAUAAUUUUCUCCAUGAUACUUUGCAAUUUCAUGAGACAAGAAUUUUACAGCAUAUUUUAUCAGAAAGAAAAUUACUCUCUUGUGCUUUCCUUUAUUAAUAUGUUUCCAUACAUUAUUGCGGGUCACGUAAAAUGCUUCUUGCAUAAUAUAAAUAACAACUCUUGUUUUGUCUUCUACGAAAGUAUUAUCAUUUUACUGAAAAUUACGUACAAUAUGCUUGAAAUUUCGGGGAAUAUCGCCAAGGAAGAUUUGUACAAGUACUGGUGUGCGGUCAUUUUUUCCGUUGAGAAGAUUCUUUUCGUUAGUUGCAGCAAUGACAAAAUCGACAUGCUGGACAUAAUGCUCAUAAAGUUCAUACGGAACCAUUACUUGGUGGAGAAUUCGAAGGCUCCACUGUUUAUAAAAAUAUACUUGACGAAAAUUAUAAGCGAACUGAACGAUAAGAAGCGAAGGGCCUUCUCAAGCUGGACAUUGCAGAUAUUAUUUGAGGAAUAUGAAAAGAUGACCAAGGAAAAUUACAACAACAGUUACUACACAACUUUUAUGACGUUAGUCAUGCUAAAGAAAUGUGUGCUGACCCUGAGGAGUUUUUCAAGUGAAAAUAAUGAGAAUGCUGACGAAGUUUUGUUUAUUUUAUACGAAAUGAAGAAGUUGAAGUGUUACUACUCCUACAUCGACAUGAAGAGCAGUUCGAUACUGAAGCGCUCAGAGGACAAGGCGCACCUGUUCAUUUGCUAUCCCUACCUGUUGGACUGUCUAAACACGGAAAAUACGAAAGUGUUCAGCACGGUUAAAGAAUUACUGAAGCUUAUAUCAUACCCACUGUGCUCUAACAAUUUUGGAUAA